AUGCCUGACUACGCGGCGAGCAUGCACUCGUCCUUCUCGGAGCAGGCUGGGAGAGACGAGAUGAGCAGCUACUCGGACGAGGAGACGCGUUCAUUUGACUACGAGGAAAAGACCGUUGCAGUGGAGGAUGACUACAUAUCCUCAGAUGAAGACGAUGUUGAGAGUGAGCAUGAAGAGCAGGAUGAGGCUGUUCGUGAAGACAUGAGGAAGCUCCAGGAUGAUGCAAUACUGCAUGGGAAAUUCAGACUGAUCAACCGCGUUGGAGAGGGCACAUUCUCCACGGUAUACAAGGCUGAAGAUCUGACCUGGGACCAGGGUGCCUUCCAAGCUGAACUGCUGGAGCCGUACCGUUCCCCAAAGAAAAAGCGCCGCACUGGGCCAAAGAGGCAAUACGUUGCUCUCAAGAAAAUCUACGUCACAAGCAGCCCUUCCCGGAUUCUGAAUGAGCUGGAGAUUCUCUAUGAUUUGCGAGGGCACCGCGCUGUGUGCCAUAUCAAAGCCGCGUUCCGGCUUGACGACCAGGUUGUGGCUGUCCUGCCAUACUUUCCUCACACGGAUUUUCGCUUGAUGUUCCGUACCUUUCUUGUCGAGGAUAUGCGGCAUUACUUCAAGUCGCUACUAGAGGGCCUUGAUUUUGUGCAUAACGCGACGGUGAUUCACAGGGACAUCAAACCUACGAACUUUUUGUACAAUCCAAAACUUCGUCGUGGAGUUUUGGUGGAUUUUGGCCUAGCAGAGUAUGAGAGUGAAGGUGGGAACUGCCUAUGCAAAGUUGGCCGAACCUCUUACACCUCGUCUUUCGUAUCUAAAUUCGAGAAGAUAAUGGAUGCCGCCCAGGGUUCCUCUCCAGCCCCCGCUGGAUAUCCAAGAAACGACUCCAGGCCUUCUCGGCGUGCCAAUCGAGCGGGAACUCGUGGAUUCCGUGCACCUGAGGUGCUUUUCAAAUGUCCCAACCAAACCACCAAGAUUGAUGUGUGGUCGGUUGGGGUCAUUCUCCUUACUUUCUUAGCCAGGCGCUUCCCAUUUUUUCACUCAAUGGAUGAUGCCGAUGCUCUCAUAGAGAUCGGAUGUAUCUUUGGACAGCAAAAAAUGCAACGUGCAGCAGCAGAACAUGGCUUGGUGUUUGACACCACCAUCCCCUCAAUUUCAGAAAAGGGGUACUCUUUAUCCCGAAUUAUCCAGUGGUCCAGUCUUGUUACCGACCUGACUGGUAGAGAGGUGCAAGCUAUACAACUUCUAAAGCAUUUGCUCGACCUGAGCCCAAGAACUAGGUGUACUGCAGCUAGGGCGUUACAACACGACUUUUUCAACAACCCAGAGGGUGAUGACCUCCCCUGGGGCGGAGACGACCCAGAACAACUGCAACAUCACGCUACCCAACACCACGACGAGACUGCAUGCGACGCAGGCGAUGACGUGAAACUUAUUUAG